AUGGGAACAAUUUCGCAGUGUAGCCAUAUUAGUCGGACAGAUUUUACAAAUGGAUUCGAACAUUUAUUUAGUGAUUUUAAUCGUGGAAAUUAUUUUUCAUCAAUACGUCAAAAUCCUGAAAAAUUUAUUUAUCAACGUUUAGAUGUUCGACAAUGGUUAGAAAAAUUAAAAAAAUCAAAUAAAUAUUUAUUUUUAGCAACAAAUUCACGUUUUGAUUAUACAAAUUUAUUAGCAACAUAUGCAUUUGGUAAUGAUUGGCAAGAUUUAUUUCAUUUAAUUAUUGUUGAUUGUAAAAAACCUUCAUUUUUUUUAUCUAAUACAAAUAAACGUUUAUUUCAUCGAUCAAUUGAUAAUGACAAUAAUAUUAUUUCCGUUACAAAUGAUGAUAUUAUUAAAAACUUCGAUAAAAAUUAUAUUUAUUCAUUAGGUAAUAGUGAAGAUUUACAUUUAAUUAUGAGUCAAAUAAGUAAUAAAGAUCCAAUAGUUAUUUAUUUUGGUGAUCAUAUUAAAUCCGAUAUAAAUGCAUUAAAACGUAAUACCAAUUGGUUAGCAGGUGUUAUUGUUGAGGAAUUAGAGUAUGAUAUACCUCCAACAAUUAUUCAUACAACUAAACAUUAUAAAUCAAAUCAAUUAUCAAUAAAUAACGAAUUAUAUACGAAAGGAAAUCAUUCAAAAUAUUUUUCAAGUUUUUUUACUUCACCAUCGGAUUCAAUUAUCUUUGAUAAUGAUGAAACAAAAUUUGAACAAACAAACCCGGAUGCAUUAUUACCUGCUUUAUCAUCAUCUUAUUGGUAUACUUAUAUAACAAAACAUGCACAUUUAAGUUUAAGUUGUUUAAGUGUAUUGGCAAAUCAUUUUGAUUUAGAUCACCAAUUUGAACAUGAUCAACAAACAAAACAUUUUGUUAUAUUACAUUAA